CUACUCAUUUACACGGUUACCAUGGAAAAAAUCGUAUAUAUAUGAAUGUUUAAAUUUUCGCAAACCGUGCCCCAUUCAACAUUCUCGAACGUCGCGCUGUGUUUUGAAUAUGAAAAAGCCUAAAAUCAAAAGAAAAAAACUAAAGUAGACGACGUCAGCACGCGCUCCAUAGAUAGACAAUACUAAGAUCCCAACUGCGAUUGUAAACUAAAAGAAAAAAAAUUGUGUAUAAAGGUGUACAGUGUGCGGUGUUAUUUAAUGUGCAAAAAGUAGCAACAACAAUAGCAGCAACAUCUAAAUAUUGGGCGGCAACUUGCCGUUGUCAUGCAUUUUGUCACACAACAACGACCACAGCAGCAACAACAACAGAAGCAGAAUAAGAAACAAAAGUCAGCGGCAUCGUCAUCAUCGAACUCGUCAUUAUCGUCGGUUGCAUCUGCCAGCGCAGCUGGCACAUCCUCUGCAACACGAUUUGUGGCUCUGUGCAAGUCCUCCAGUCAAGGAGCCCUGCCCAGAUCCUUCAGCUAUUUUGGUCUGCGGUCUGAAAAGCAACAGCGACACAAACGCACUGCCAGCCUGAAUUCGGCGCCCAUGACUAAAGAUAUUGAUAUUACUACUACCAAUACUACUGCAACAACAACAACAACACCAACAGAUCCAGCCGCAACAGCAACAUUAGUAAGCGCCUCUACUGCUGCCGCUUCAGCCGCUUCAGUUGUUGCCGCUGCUGCCCCAAAUGCCAUGAUUUGUGAUUCGCAACAAGAGCAGCAACAACAAAUACUACUACUGCAACAACAACAACAACAGCAGAAGCAGCAGCAGCAGCAGCAACAACAACAGCAAUCACUACAGGUGCAGCAACAACAACAGCAGCAGCAACAGCAUGAAUAUUUACAGGAAGAAAAGGCACAAAGUAGUAAUGGCGACAGGCGCGACUCUCUAACUGAAGAGCCAACAACAUCUACAACAGCAACUACAGCAGCAACAACAACAGCAACAAGCAAACUCUUGACCAUACAGGAGGUCAGCAAUCUCGAGCAGAGUGUCGCCGCCAAUUUAAAGUCUUCUUCAAUUGUCCCACAACAAGAAAACCCGAACGCUUCCGUCGCACUCCCAGAACUAUCAGCAGCAACAACAGGCACCGGCUAUGGUCCAACCAGCAGCCAGAACACAUCACACAUAAUCUCCACGGGCCAGCACUUGAAAACACAUCGCCAUGAGUCCGCAUUCAAUAGCGGAGGCAGCAGCAUAGGGGCCGCAACUUCCACAUCGACGUGCCAAGUAACGCCCAGCAUUAAUAUUGUCGCCAGCGACGAGCAGCCGAUCGGACAGCCCCUGCAGUCCCACAGCGUCGACUCAAACGAUUUUGGCGCAGCCUCGACAUCGGCCCCGACGGCCGCCAGCUCCAGCACCGAUAGUCCCAGCAGUCGUAAAAGUUCCACCGGCUCCAAAGGCAAGCCGACCAAGUUGGUUUCUGCUCUAGGCAGCUCGAAAAUAUCCCUCAAUUGGCAGUUGUCCAGUUCGAGCAGUGGACGCGAUGAGGACGCCCAGAGCAAGCUAAGCGAGUCGGUGUACGGUGAUACGGUUUCGACGAACUCACAACCCUUUGUUCGAGGCAACACCUCUCCUACAGCAACAGCAUCAGCAACAGCCCAAGGCGAAAAUCUUCAGGUAUCGAGCUCAAGCACUUCCAACGAAAAACCCGCCAAGACCACAUCACGUCUGUCGGAGCGCGCCAAAAAGAAGUCCUGGUACAACGUCAUCUAUCCUAAUUACAAAUCCCGUGCUGAGGAUUUCAAAAAGUUGUUCAAGGAAGUGCCAAACGAUGAGCGUUUGAUUGUCGACUAUUCCUGUGCGCUGCAACGCGACAUCCUUGUACAGGGUCGUUUGUAUGUCUCGCUGAAUUAUGUGUGCUUUCAUGCCAAUAUUUUCAGUUGGGAGACCUAUUUGACCAUCAAAUGGAUGGAUGUGACGGCCAUAACCAAGGAGAAGACCGCACUUGUCAUACCCAAUGCCAUUUCGAUAUCCACAGCCAAGGAGAAAUAUUUCUUUGCGACAUUUGCGGCUCGUGACAAGUCGUUUUUGAUGCUCUUUCGUGUCUGGCAGAACACGUUGAUGAACAAACAGUUCUCGCCACAGGAGAUUUGGAAAUAUGUGCACAAUUGCUAUGGUGAGGAGCUAGGUCUGACCACAGACGAUGAGGACUAUGUAGAUCCCACACUAGGUGCAGAUAAGGAAACGGACCAGGACUCUCAAACGGCCAUAGAGGAUACGGCCGACCCAAGUCAAACCACGCAGAGCAACAGUCAGAAAGCAACGCCGCAGAGCGGCAACAGCAGCGCUAGCAGCGGUGGCGGCACCACUGUGGUGCGCAAAUCAAAAACAAAAUAUUUCUUCAGCUCAAGCAAAUCGUCGAAUUUAAACUCAUCGGCCAACGCUUCAGCCAGUGGGUCCGAUAAUCGUGCCAGCGGCGACAGCAAACGCAAAUCGAAUAAGAAAAUGAAGCCAAAUGUCAAGGAACUAACUCUUAGCUCGGUCAAGCCCAACGAGCAGACGUUGUCCGUCAGCGUUAACCACAGCAGUAACGCGUCAACGACAGCAUCGUCAACAACGGCAGUACCAACAUCUUCUACGGCCACAACCAGUGCCUCAGCCGAGCGAAAGAAGUCGGUUGAAAAGAGCAACAGCUUGGCAGCGACCACGUCGACGGCGUCAGGCAUUGCAGCCCCUUCAGUGCCGGAGCCCAAGCAUGCAGCGGACCCGAAGCGAAAAGCAAGUAAAAAUCAACGCCAACGCGAGGAUAUAGCUGCCAAAAAUACAGAGGUUGCGCCCACAGAUGUCUCCGACUCCUCAGAUUCCGAGGAGAAUAACAUACCAUUUGUGCCCACCACGGAAUGCACUUCCACACACGAGGGCCGACAGAUUACACACACCAUACUGCCCAUAAAUGUGGAUACGCUCUACAACAUGCUUUUUACCAGAUCAAAAUUUGUAACUGAUUUCCAUGCGCAGCGCAAAUCAACCGACCUAAAGACGGGAGAGUGGUUUACCAACGAACAGGGCCAGACUGUGCGGGAGGUUAGUGUGACCGUACAGCUAGCAGCGUCCGUGGGACCCAAAACGUCAAAGGUUACGGAGUAUCAGACCAUGCGAGAGUGCAGCAAACCGGGCGAGCUUUAUUCCAUAGACGUAAAUAGUGUAAAUGCGGGCAUUCCAUAUGCGGAUAGUUUUAGCGUGCUCAUACAUUUCUGUCUGGCACGCACCGUGGAUGAUCACACAAUGUUGUCGGUGCAUGCGCAAAUCAAGUACAAGAAAUCCAUUUGGGGCGUCGUCAAGGGCUUCAUUGAGAAGAACACUUGGGCUGGACUGGAGGAUUUCUUUGGGGCCCAGCUGCAUGCGCUGCAGAGCGAAACGUGCAUACCACCGGCCAAGGGCAAAGGACGUCGUAGACGUGGCAUAAAUCAACUGCAAUCAGCGGCGACAACAUCAACAACAACAAUAACAGCAACAACAACUAGUACGGACAAUGACAGUAAUCGGGAGAUCUGUCCAAGUGCGCCUCUGCGUUCGCUUGCGCCAUCAUCUCCGCUGCCCCAUCAUCAUCACCAUCAUCUACAGCACUUGCAUCAGCAUCAGCACCAACACCUGCACCACCAUCAUCACCACCAUCAUCAGUUGCAUCAUGAAAUGCAUGAGCAGCAGCUGCAGCGGGCUUGCCAGCACCGUAAGGCUAUAUUUCAGACAUUGAAAGGUACGAGCACACAAAUACGCCCCUUAGAGGAAGCAACUGGCAGCUCGGCACAUUCAAAAUCCGAUACACUGGAGUGUCAGUUACUGUCCACAAAUGCCGCUGCCGCUGCUGGCGGGGGUCACGCGUUGCAUGCUGCGGGUGGUGGCAGCAGCAAUCAGCAGCACUUGGGCGCACAGCACCACCACAACCACCACCACCAGCAGCAGCAGCAGCAGCAGCUGGAUGGGCUGCCAAUGGGGGGCAACGGUCAGGGCCAACACAAAUCUAGACACAAAGGCUUCUCAUUCUUUGUUAUACUGUUGAUGUGCUUGCUGCUGGCAUUAAAUGUGAUAUUAUUACUUAAGCUCUGGAAGCUGGAGGAACGCAUUGAUGUGGAUCUCAAUCGACGUGCUCGCAUGGCCACAAUCUCAACCCUAAAGGAACUACCAAACACAAAUCAAGAUUGGCUGGAGCUUUUGAAUCAGCAGGAACUCUCACACCAAACCGAAUUACGCAAAUGGCAACAAGUGCUGCAAACUGCCAUCGAAUUGUUGAAAAAGGUGAGCAUCGUCUGUGAGAAGAUUUACAAUGACGAUCAGCUGCGGCAAAAUAUUGAGUCUAUGCAUAAUGAAUUUUAAGUGACUAAUCCAAUCCAAUCCAAUCCCAUGUGGAGGAGGCAAGCAAAGCAAAUAAGCCAAGCGAACAAUUAAGCAAACCACAGCAAACUAAUUGUAACUCACAGACACAAACACAACUCUACACCUAUAAUACUAUAUCCAUAUAUAUUUAUGUGUAUGUUACAUUCGCUCAGUUGGGCAAAGGCACAUUUGUUAUUAAGUUUAAGGCGCGUCUUUCGGAUCUCUAAGACAUACACAAAGCAAACAAAAAACAAACAAACAAUUGUUGCAUGUUCUUUAGCCACAUAA